AUGCUCGUCUCCGGCGAGCCACAGGAGCAAAGUGAAGCUGUCUUGAAAGAUGCGCCCCCGGCAGCGAGCGAACCGAACGGGGAAGAGUGUGUGUCGGGGGGCCGUCUGGGCCUGCUGAUGCUUGCACUCGUCCUGUGCAUGUUCUUGGUUGCUCUCGACAUGACUAUUGUUACGACGGCCAUUCCUCGUAUUACCCAGGAGUUUAACAGCCUUGAUGACAUUGGCUGGUACGGCUCGGCCUUUUUCCUCACCAUAUCUGCCUUUUCUCAGGUAUGGGGGAAAGCGUACACGUACUAUUCGCUCAAGUUUGUGAUUCUCGCUGCAAUUUUCGUCUUUGAAGCCGGCAGUUUGAUUUGCGGUGUUGCCCAGGACAGCCGCACGUUGAUCAUCGGCCGCGCCGUCACGGGCGCCGGCGGCGCAGGCAUCACGAAUGGAUGCUACACCAUCAUUGCUUUCAUCGCGGAGCCAAAGAAGCGCCCGGCGUACACGGGCAUCCUGGGAGCCACGUAUGGCAUUGCCAGCGUUAUUGGGCCGUUGAUUGGUGGUGCGUUCACAACCAACGCGACAUGGCGGUGGUGUUUCUACAUGAAUCUACCAGUCGGUUUUCUCUCAGCAUGCGUGCUCGUCUUCUUUUUCCAGCCGCCUCCUUCAGCAGCACCCCGCAAGGCAUCAACGAUGGACAAGUUGCGAAACAUGGACCCCGUCGGCACGGCGCUGAUUCUGGCAUCCCUUGUCUGUUUCCUCCUUGUCAUGCAGUGGGGCGGAGUGUCGAAGCCCUGGAGCUCGGCAGAUGUCAUAGGAACGCUUGUCGGAUUCGUCUUGAUCAUGAUGCUCUUCGCCGUGCAUCAAACCUGGCUAGGCGAAACGGCAAUGAUGGUUCCGCGACUGGUGACAAACCGGCGCGUCUUCUUCCUUGCUUUGUUUAAUUUCUUCCUGGCCGGGUCCUUUUUCAACUUUGUCUACUACCUUCCCAUCUACUUUCAAGCCAUCGGCGGAUAUUCCGCCAGCGCGAGCGCGGUGCGCAACCUCCCGCUCAUUCUCGGCUCAUCCGUCGCCACCAUAGCUGGAGGUGCCGCCUUGCCUCUGGUUGGAUACUUCAACCUGUAUCUCCUUGGCGGUUCUGCCCUAGCAAUCGUAGGUGGCGGAUUCAUGUUAACUCUCACAACCGUUAUGGAGAUGGCAAAGUGUGUCGGGUUUCAGCUUCUCUUGGGCGUUGGGGCUGGCCUCUGUAUUCAGAUUCCCGUCGCCGUUGGGCAAGGAUUCGCAGAGCCCGCAGACAUCGCCGCCACGACUGCCGUUUUACUAUUUUUCCAAACAAUGGGCGGCACCAUCUUCAUAUCGGCCGCGCAGAGCAUCUUCACCAACAAGCUUCCCGAGGUCCUAGCGGCCUAUCUCUCUGGGUUGCGAAAUGCAUGGAUACUUGGUGUUGUCUGCGCCGGCCUAUCUCUCCUGUCCGGCCUAUCCUUGCGAUAUCAAACCAUCCAUGACAUGAAGGAAACGGCGCACCAGAAAGACGCGGAGGCGUAG